CAAAAGCAGAUCGUUUGAUUCUCCUCCAACCGCUGCUUCCAAUUCUCUCUCUCCCGCGAGACGCAGACGAAUACAUUGGCAAAUCACACACGAAUCUCUGUUCUCGUUUGUUUCAGCUCCAAUUUAUUGAUCUUACAAUUUUUUCAGUGGAAUGCUGAUGUUUUCCAGGAAAUAGUCGAGGUUUCUUUCCGAGUGUCUGUUGCAGGAUAGAAAUUGAAUUCGGCAACUUCUGGUGAACCGAGUUGCUAAAUUGAGUAAUCUCGAAUUCCAACCGGUUGAUUCGGAAAAUAUAGAAUUUGUAUGGACUGGGUACAUCGGAUUGAUCGGAGUACUCUUUCGUUCCUUUGAUCUUCCGGUGGUCGGAAAAAUUAUCGACUCGUUUUCUUAAUCUGUUAAGUCCAGACGUUUUUGAUUUGUUGGUCUGGAGGUUGGUGCGAAGUUAGGGUUUUCUUUUGGUAUGAAAAAGCGGGUUUCGAUGAAUAUGCGUUGUUUCUAAGUGCGACAAUGAUACAGCAGACGGUGAGAUCCAAAAUGCCUAACGUCAAACGCUGCGAAUUGGAGGAAAUAGAUAGCGAAGAAACGGAAGAUGAAUAUGAUCAUCUUGCUAAGAGUUUUACGAAGAAACAGAGAGGAGAAAUUGAGUUUGCUGCAAGUUCUUAUAACGAGGAUGGUUUUUUAGGCUACGAUAAUGCUGUUAACUCGUGGUGCGAUGGAGUUCCGUAUAUCCCUGGUGAAUUGAAAUCAAAUUUGGGUUCAGUUUCGUUACUGAAAUCUUCGCGAGGCCGUGUUGCUGUUCGCCCUUUAAGGUUUACUGAUAACAAAAGUUUGAAAAAGCGUGGGAAUCCGUUUUCUGAUAGGGAAUUAAUAUCUAAAAGACAGUGUCUCGAAACAGGGUAUCAGGGGGGUUUUAACAAUGCUGCAAGUCGAAUUUAUACCAGUUCACCUGGCUCUGCAACUUUAUUUGGUAAUACAGUUGAUAAAAGCCACGAGAGAGCCAUAGAGACGUUGAAGAAUGAAAAAAGGAAGGGUUUUUAUGGAGUUGAAGAUUUUGUUACCGGUGAUAUUGUUUGGGCAAAAUGCUCAAAUCGGUUCCCAGCUUGGCCGGCGAUUGUAAUUGACCCACUACAUGAAGCUCCUAAAUCUGUACUAAGGGCUUGUGUUCCCGGCACUCUUUGCGUCAUGUUUUAUGGGUAUUCAAAGAGAGGUCAAAGGGAUUAUGCAUGGGUGAAGGAUGGGAUGAUCUAUCCCUUUUUAGACUAUAUGGAAAGGUAUCGGGGACAAACUCAAUUAUAUGGUUGCAAGCCAGGUGAUUUUCGUAUGGCAAUAGAAGAAGCGUUCUUAGCAGAAAAUGGCUACUUGGAUUCAGGCUAUGCAGAAUGUUGUAGCAUUAAGAUCCCAAUGGCAAGCGUUUCAGAUCAGCAUCAAGAGUCUUGUCGUCAUAAGCAAAAUGCCUAUAGUAAGAAGGAUACACAACCUUGUGGCAGCUGUGGUUUGUUUUUUCCUUGUAAAACAAUGAAGAAAGCUAAGGGAAUAACCUCUCAACAGCUGGCUUGGUGCGAACAUUGUUCAAAGUUACGGAAAUCAAAACAAUACUGUGGCAUUUGCAAGAAGAUCUGGCAUCAUUCUGAUGGUGGAGAUUGGAUAUGCUGCGAUGGUUGCAAUGUCUGGGUACAUGCAGAAUGUGCCAAAGUUUCCAGCAAAAUUCUUAAGGAUCUGGAGGAGAUUGACUAUUACUGCCCAGAAUGCAAAGGGGAAUCCACUGUUGUAGAUAAUAAAUCUGAAGCACAACUCAGAUGUUCAGAGAGUGUGUUGCCUGAGAAAAUAAGUGUCAUCUGUAGUGGCAUGGAAGGGAUUUACUAUCCAAAACUUCAUCUAGUUGAGUGUAAGUGUGGUUCAUGUGGAACAAGAAAGCAAAGGCUUGGUGAAUGGGAACGCCAUACUGGUUGUAGAGCAAAGAAGUGGAAGGUCAGCAUUAAAGUGAAGGGCUCAAUGUUACCACUGGAGAAGAUGCUUUCAGGGUGUAGUGUUAAUAGUGUUAAGGCUGUAGCAGUAGGUUUAGAUGAAAAACAAUUGUUUUCAUUUCUUCAAGACAAGUAUGAGGCUGUGAAUGCAAAGUGGACAAGUGAACGUUGUGCUAUCUGUAGAUGGGAUGAGGACUAUGACGUGAACAAAAUUAUUAUAUGCAACAGGUGUGAAAUAGCUGUCCAUCAAGAAUGCUAUGGGGUGAGAGACAUCCAUGAUUUCACAUCUUGGGUUUGUAGAGCAUGUGAAACGCCUCAAGUUGAAAGAGACUGUUGUCUCUGCCCUAUUAAAGGUGGUGCUUUGAAGCCAACUGAUAUAGAGAGUUUAUGGGUUCAUGUGAUCUGUGCAUGGUUCCGGCCUGAGGUUGCUUUUGCAAGUGAUGAAAAAAUGGAGCCUGCAACUGGUCUCCUCCGGAUUCCACCUGAGUCUUUUGUCAAGGCAUGUGUUAUUUGCAAACAGGUUCAUGGUUCUUGUAUACAAUGUUGCAAGUGUGCUACUUAUUUUCAUGCAAUGUGUGCUUCAAGGGCUGGCUACUGUGUGGAGCUGCACUCAUCAGAGAAGGGUGGCAUAUAUAACACCAGAUGGACUCCAUACUGUGCUGUCCACAGAACCCCAGCAGAUACUGGCAUUGUAAUCAGGACAUCUUCUGAGGUUUUUUGUGCAAAGAGGUUGCAUCAGAAAGAGAAAGAGAGUUUUAAGGGUUCAAGGCUUCUGAUGUGUACCAAAAUGGAACUCUCUGUCUCUCAUUCAUCAACCGCACAAGAGAAUGAUAAAGAUGAACCAGAACCACUCUCUGCUGCCAGGUGUCGCAUUUACAAAAGAUCAAGCAGCAAGGUCAAGAAUGGUGUAAAGGAGGCAAUAUUCCAUCGGUUAAUGAGGCCAAUCCAGCAUUCAGUAGAUGAAAUAGAUGGCUUAACCUCACACACAGACACAGAAGUCCAAGAUUUGAAUAACUUCUCUACAUUCAAGGAAAGACUCGACUGUUUGCAGAGGACAGAAAAGCAGCGUGUCUGUUUUGGUAAAUCUGGCAUACAUGGAUGGGGCCUCUUUGCAAGGCGCAAGAUUCAAGAAGGAGAAAUGGUGCUUGAAUAUCGUGGUGAGCAGGUGAGGCGCAGUGUUGCAGAUUUGAGGGAGGUGCAUUAUCGGUCUCAAGCCAAGGAUUGCUAUCUCUUCAAGGUCAGCGAUGACAUUGUAAUUGAUGCCACAAAUAAAGGGAAUAUAGCACGAUUAAUCAAUCAUUCGUGCAUGCCAAAUUGCUAUGCUAGGAUAUUGAGUAUGGGUGCAGAUGAGAGCCGAAUAGUUCUUAUAGCCAAAACCAAUGUAUCUGCUGGCGAUGAGUUAACGUAUGACUACAAAUUUGAUCAAGAUGAGCAGGAUGAACUUAAAGUCCCUUGUUUAUGUAGGGCUGCCAAUUGUAGAAAUUUCAUGAAUUAGUUUCUUUUACACAUUACCACUGUUAACCAUUUUUUAUACACAACUACACAAGAGGUAUGCAUAUCAGCAUAUUAUUUGAAGACCACCUUACAGUUUUCCUGAUUAUCCUCUCCGAGGCAGAGGUAUAUAUUAGGAGAUGAAUUUACUACAAGCAUAUGUAAAUCUAACAACCCUCUUUCUUGUUUUAGUUUGCUAGGCAAAUGAACACAGAUGAAUUUUCAAGUUGG